AUAUCCCUACCAUAUUUACACAAUCUCCAUAUUUUCCACCAUUAUCUCACUGCAAAAAAUACCGCACAGUCCACGUCUCCAUCUUUUCCCCAAGCCCAACUUCGAUCCCUCUGUCACCGGCGAUCACGGUCCUCGAUCGAGGAAGGCCUCGUCCCGGUCCUCAAUCACGCGGCACUGAACAAUCAGGUACAUGUUGGACGCCAUUUGAUGCUGACCACCGGGUUCCACUUGGCCUCCCUUCGGGAUGGGUUCCCCGAAUCCCCGCUUCUCGACGCUAUGGUCGAUAUUUUUGAGGCCGUCUUUUGUAGGCAUAUUCUUCCUGAGAGGGUUUCGAAGAUCCAACGGUGGCUCGAGAUUGGGAAAGAGAAGAAAUUCGCGAAAGCGUGCGGGGUUUUGAAUCGGAUACUGGAAAGUUACGUGUCUAACAAGUACCAAUUUUAUAUAGCCAAUAAGAAAUCCACAGAGGAGGGGGAGGAUGAGGAGGCAUAUUUGGGUUUUAACAUCAUGACCCUUUUCUUUGUCAGGGGAAGCGGCAUGGAUUUGGUGGUGAUGGGGUGGAUAAAGUGGCGGCGGCCGCGCGGAGAGUCGGAGGCGGCAUCGAGAUACUACGAGGAAGCGUUAGGGUGUGAGGUGACGAGAAGGGUGAUG